AUGCGUAACUCUCUCGUUAUUUGUGCUGCCAUCGCCACUUUCGUUUCCUCUGCUGCCGCUGCUGUUGACUGCAAUCCUUCUUAUAACGUCCCUCCUUCUACGACAUGCUUUACUAAUUGUAAUAUCCAAACGGGUCAAAAAUGGGUCCCUGGAUGGACUAUGGAUCAUACCUCUCCGCUUUUCUUGGACUCUCUUGCUCUAAUGUGUAAUAAAGCGGGCCCUAAUUACAUGAAUUUCAUGACGAAUGCAGGCAUGUGUAUGGCCAAGUGUACCGGUGAUGAUCCUGAUUUGUUCACUGCCGAGUUUACUGCUGCAUGUGCAUGGUGGAAUAAGCACAAAAAUGACUCUUUUACUGUUUCUAUCUGCCCUACUGCCACCGAUUCUUUCUGUCAACCCGGUUUCCGUGGAAAGAAGAAUGGUAGAGGACCUGAAGGCGCUUGCUGCUCCCAUAGCGAUGAUUGUCAAGAAAGCUGUAUCAAGGGUAAAUGUAAUGCCCCCAUUGCAACUACCUGCUACACUGGUUCAGAAGGUCGCGGCAAUGGGGAUGGCUAUAAUGGUGCCUGCUGUGAAACCAGUGACGACUGUUGGGAAAGCUGUGUUAAAGGAAAAUGUAAUGGCCCUUCUCUUGCCACUUGCGACAUUGGUUUUAUCGGUAAGAAAACCGGCAAAGGCCCCAAAAAUUCUUGUUGUAAUUCCAACAGAGAUUGCAAGAACAGCUGCGUAAAAGGAAAAUGUGACUGA